UUCUCCCAGCUGGAAUAGAACAGCAUUCCCUAGGCCUGGUUUCACCCUGUCCCCUGGGCUCUGCACCAUGCCCAGGGCAGGGCUGGCAGAGUUUUGGGGUUACCCCAGGCUGUCAGCCUUGCUGCCCUGCCAGGGCAGGCUGGUCCCAUUCCUCUGCCUCCUAACGCUGUUCCACCUUCUUCCUUGCAGUCAGGACAGUUCAAUGAAGACAUGAUCCCAACAGUGGGUUUCAACAUGAGGAAGAUCACCAAAGGGAACGUCACCAUAAAGCUCUGGGACAUCGGCGGGCAGCCGCGGUUCCGCAGCAUGUGGGAGCGAUACUGCCGUGGAGUCAGUGCCAUCGUGUACAUGGUGGAUGCUGCUGACCAGGAGAAGAUAGAGGCCUCCAAGAAUGAACUGCACAACCUGCUGGACAAGCCGCAGCUCCAGGGCAUCCCGGUCCUCGUCCUGGGGAACAAGCGGGACCUGCCGGGUGCCUUGGAUGAGAAGGAGCUCAUUGAGAAGAUGAACCUCUCUGCCAUCCAGGACCGAGAGAUCUGUUGCUAUUCCAUCUCCUGCAAAGAAAAGGACAACAUUGACAUCACCCUACAGUGGCUUAUCCAGCACUCGAAGUCCAGGCGAAGCUGAGGUCCCGGGGCCUGGCUCGGAUUGGGAAGAUGCCAUUGUACAAGCCCACGCCCCUCUCUCCUGCUCUGUCCCUCCAGCUCUCUCUCUAGAUGGGUAUUUUUAGGGGACCCCAGACUCUGCUCACCUUGGGGCAGAGUCCUUGUUUUUAUUGUAAAGAUGUCUGACUGCCCUCCUCUCCCCCUCUCCUCUCCUCCCCCCUCUCUUCCUCCAUUUUGGCACUGUUCUGUUGUUGUCUGUGUAUACAGUAUAUAUAUAUAUGUAUAUAUAUUUUAAUUUUUUAAUUUAAGGGAUAGUGCUGUUAUUAAAUUGGGCCCUGUGAGCAGUAGGAAAGCUGGGGCUCUCCAAGGGCAGCCAAGGGUCAGUGCUGGGAGGAGGAGGAGGGUAGCAGAAGGCAGCCCUUGAGGAUGGGGCUGUGCCAGCUGCAGGCAGGUCCCCUGGGGCUCCCUCUUCCUUCUCUGGGUGUCCUGCUGCUGCCUCAGGCAGAGACCACCCCGGGGGUGUUGGGGGUGCCCACCUUGCCCUGCCUGCCUGGGUUUGGGACAGGGGGAGGUGUCAAUGCCACCCACAGGCUCCUCACCCCCUGGGGGACAGGGAUUAGCCACACACCACUGCCAUCAGCUCCCCCUACUGCCUCCACUUCCCCAGCCCCUCUUUGGGGCCCAGGGUCACUUGUCCCUCUGCCCCACGUGUCCCCUGCCCUUGUGCCUGGGCUGAAUCCUGCCCCCUGCCCAGCCUGGCUGCUAGGGGCAUGGUCUGGGCCAGUGGUGCCAGUGCUGGGGGCCCAGCGAUGCCACAGCCCCCGGGGGAGCUGGGGGCUGGCACCUGCCUCCUGCCUGUCCCAGGGCUGGCUCAGCCCCAUGUAACCCCUCAGACAGCUGUGCUGGCUGCCCACAUGCCACCUGUGCCCGGCUGGGGCUGCUGGCUCUGCCCUGGCCGGGGACAUCCUUGGGAUGCCAGCGAGGGAGGGACACCUGGAGGCACCUGGAGACUCACUCAGAGCAUCUGUGCUCCCUCAGUGCUGCUGACCAGAGCCAGGGGUGUGCCCUGUGCCUGCUCCCCAUGCCCUGCUCCCCGUGGCACCCCUGCCCUGCUGCCCUGGCUGGGGCUGUGGGCCCAUGGGGCAGGGGCACAGGGCUCGUGGGGACGCGGCUGGGGUCUGUGUCUGCACAGGGUGAGGGCUGGGGGACUGCUGUGGCUGAGGAGGGCUGUGGCUGUCAGUGCCAUGUCCCUGCCAUUGGUGGGGGCUCUGAGGUGCAGCCUGGGGGCCUGGCCGGGUUCUUUGGGGCCAGUUUGGGGGCACUGGGCUGGCACUGGAGGGUGGCUGUGCAGGGCUGGGCACAGGGUGGGGAUGGCCGGGGGCCUGCAGGGCCCCUCUCAGCCUCCUCCCACUCGGCUCCAGGGCGUCAGGCCAGGCAUUUACCUUCUGUUCUUGUUUUUGCAGAAUUGCACAAAGAGAGGUUUCUUCGGUUUUUUUUCUUUUUUUAAGUUAAUGACUUGUAAAGUGUUGUCGCCCCCCACCUCCCCCCCUUUUUUUUUU